GAAAUUUAGAGUCCCGUACUAUUCCUGCAGAAAUUCGCAGGAAUUGUAGUUCGAUCGAUCGCUCAGUCUGCCGUUGUCAUUUUUACACUAAAUUGUUUAGAUUUUGAGUGUCAAUUGUAGUUGAAGAGCAGUCGAAAAAGGUUUAUAAAGAACAGACAUUCCUUAAAUAAAAAUAAUUUAUUUUAGUGUUGUUAGUAAAAAAAUUAAAGUCGAAUAAAAAAAUAAAAAAGUGAAGUGUAAAGUAAUUUAUAAGGUAUUAAUGUAUCAAUUGUAAUCAAUCAAUAUAAUAUUAACGUUAAAAAAUUUUGCAAGUGAAAUAAAACAAAUAAUAAUAAUAAAGAAGUUAUAAUAAUAAAAAAAUAAUAAAUAUAAAAAUUGCGAAAUAAAAAGUAAUAAAUUACAGAAGGCAAUAUGGAUGGUCCGAACCCAAAACGAAUUAAAAAGACUUGCUACAAUCAAGUAUAUACAGAAAAGGCAUGUAAAUGCGAAGAUAAGGAAGCUUUAAAGGCUUUCUUCGAAGAACUGAUGGAAAGAAAAAUGAGCCAAAUUUCUGCACAGUACCAAGUGCUCCUAGAAGAAGUAGCGCAGCAGAAAGUCCUCAUUCAGCAGCUUCUGAAAGAACGCACCGAUGACUCAUCGAUAAUGAGAGAAUUUCCAAUUAAAAACAAAACAGAUUUGGGCCGAAUUAAUGAAAAUAUAGAAGUUCGCGGAAAGAAGAACUACAUCAAAUGUAUGACUCAAAUUCUCCAGGGUUCUGGAGUGGUGAAAAACCUGAAGAAUAUUAUAACAGACGAAUUGGCCAUGCAGUACAAUAUUGAUGGAGUGUUGGGCAAAGAUUCGCUCAAAAGCUUUACAAAUUUUUUCGACGCCCUUAUUGAGUCCAUUCCUACCGGGAUAGAGGCUGGAUCGCCAGAGAAUCAACUGCGCCAAGCCCUUCAGCGUAAAAAAAAACGCGUAAUAAAAAAAAAUCAUUUAGUAAAUAAAGAAAAUAAAUGAUUAAUAAAUAACAAUAUAAUGUAAGAUAGAACAUAUUUUAAAACUACUAAGUAAGAAAAUUAAUUAAAAAAUACAUAUGUAUAUAUAUUUGAAUUUAAUAAAUCUAUUGCUUUG